GAUUCUCUAUGCUCCGCCACCUAGCGGACAUGGGUCAUACUCUCUACCUGGAAACAAACUCUCUUCAACGUUGCUGCUUUACUUGUUUGGUCUCAAAAGUCCUACUUACUUCUUUACUGUUGUCUCUGAACUACUCCGUUCCUCGUCUGUAUCUCUGAACUACCUUAUUCUUCACGUGUGUUCUCUUUCAUCUCAUCAAGAAAGGUUAUGGGCCCAGAACGUUUAAAUCUGGCUCAAUCAUGUCAAAGUCUGAACUAAGUCACAUCGAACGAUUCAAUGGAACUAACUUCCAACUUUGGAAAUACAACUGCUGGCUUGUACUCGAACAGCAUGAACUACUUGACAUUGUCGAGGGUAGAGAUUUGUUGCCCGUAGCCACAGUUGCUCAAGGGAAUGUUACCAAUCAAAAAGCCAUUAAUCUUUGGAAAAAGAAAGACACUCAAGCGAGACUGAUCUUGAUGACCACAAUCAGCCCCAGAGAGCAGCAGGCAUUCGUGAACUGCAGAUCUGCAUUCGCAAUAUGGACAAAACUAGCUGCACAGCACAUGCAGAAUGCCUCAGCUAGCACCCACGUCCUUCAAGCUAAUUUCUUUCAUUACCAGUAUGUUAAAGGUCAUACCAUCAUGCAACAUAUUACUGCUAUCGAAGGGAUGGCUCAACAGCUGGAUGAUUUGAACCAAUCCAUGAGUCUAUCCCAGAUCACGACGAAGAUAGUAUCGACUUUACCCUCAAGCUACAGACACUUCAUGACUGUCUGGGACAAUUUAGCAGAAACUAACAAAACUAUGCCAAAUCUAAUCACGAAGUUGAUGAACGAGCAACAUCGUCAAUUGAACUUUUUAUUUAACGAGUAAUUCAUUCAACCUACCUUUCGUUUGAGGGGGGGUGUUAAGAUUCUCUAUGCUCCGCCACCUAGCGGACAUGGGUCAUACUCUCUACCUGGAAACAAACUCUCUUCAACGUUGCUGCUUUACUUGUUUGGUCUCAAAAGUCCUACUUACUUCUUUACUGUUGUCUCUGAACUACUCCGUUCCUCGUCUGUAUCUCUGAACUACCUUAUUCUUCACGUGUGUUCUCUUUCAUCUCAUCAAGAAAGGUACAACAAUAUACAUUUUGCUAUCAA